AUGUCAUUCACGGAAGAGAUUGAAUUGAAUGCUGCUCAUGUACAUUCGAGAAACCUGAACACCACCAAAUUCGAUGACAAUCCAGCAACACCUGUUGGAGAGUUACCAAGCAAUUUCGAUCUUCCACGCCAGGAUGAAACUGCUGAGUCAGUGAUUGAAUUCCAGCAUAUAUCUGACGGCAGCUCAUUCUCUUCAUCAAUUGACUCAGACGAUGGCAAGCUUCCCAGAUUCAAAACUUUACAACCAUACGCAGUGUUGAUUGGUUCAUUUCUUGGACUUAUUGUUAACCUUGGAUUGAUUAAUUCCAUUGGUGCAGUGCAGUCAUAUGUUUCGGUACAUCAGUUUCAAGGGUAUUCAGCAAGUACAGUGUCGUGGAUUUUCUCAAUUUAUUUAGCAUUGGCAUAUGCAGGGGCGUUGGUGUCGGGCCCAUUAUUCGAUUCAAAUGGAACAAUGUGGUUAUUGAUUUAUCUGACAUUGUUUAUAUUUGCGGGACUAAUGGGAGCAGCAAACAGUGUUGAGAUUUGGCAUUUCAUUUUGAGCUUUAUAAGCUUGGGUGUGGGAAAUGGUUUUGGCAUGGCUCCGUUGGUAUCAGUCAUUGGCCACUGGUUUAGCCCACAGAUCAAGAACCUGGAUAACUCAAAUAUCAUUGAUGACGAUGACAAGUUACAGAAGUUUGAAGGUAUUAAUAGCAAACUAGGGGUGGGAUUUAGCACCGGACUUGCAACUGCUGGGGGAAGUAUUGGAGGCUUGGUGUUUCCGUUAAUGUUGAGAAAAUUAUAUUCCCUGGUGGGAUAUGUUUGGGCUCUAAGAACAUUAGCGUUUGUAUGUUUAGGAUGUAUGGUUUGUUCAAUAGUUUUAGUGAAGGAGAGGUUUAGAAAGGAAAGGAGAUUGAGCAAGCCUUCCAUUCAAUGGAAUGAGUUGCCAGGUAAAUUUGUUGAAUUUUGUAAAGUCAGAGACACAAGGUUCUUCUUUAUCAUUUGUGGUGGAUUCUUCACCGAGCUUAGUCUUGUGUUGUUGGUUACAUACUUUGCCAGUUAUGCCAUAGCCCAUGGAAUGAGUGAAUCCGAUUCAUUGGUAUUGAUUACAAUUUGGAAUGGUGUUGGGACACUAGGGAGGUUCCUACCUGGAUUGGCUAGUGAUUACUUUGGAAGGUUCAAUAUAAAUGUAAUAAUGUUAGUUGGUUAUUGCUUAACGAUAUUGGUCUUGUUGUUACCAUUUGGAGACAAUCACAAGGUCCUUUAUGCGUUCAGCGUUUUGGGAGGUUUAUUUUCAGGUUCCAUACUUAGCUUAUUACCUGUUUGCCUUUCACAAAUAUCAAAGGCCAAUGAGUUGGGCAAAAAAUAUGGAAUCUUGAAUUUCUACCUUUCCUUGGCUAAUCUUUUUGGUAUUCCAAUAGCUGCAGCUAUAAUCAAACACGGUAAAGCUCAUGAUUAUGACAAUUUUAUAAUUUUUGUUGGUUGUUUAUCUGUGGCUGGGUUGUUCUUUUGGCUUCUUGCACGUGCCCGGAUAGUGGGAAUAAAGUUGAACGUUAAGGUCUAG